AUGAAGUUCAUCAGUUUGGCUAGUCUACGGAUCUACUGGCUUGCUGCUGUCGCAUGCUGUGGGGGUGUCCUUUUUGGCUAUGACUCGGGCGUCGUUGGUGGCGUGUUGACGCUCAAGGCCUUUAAACGUGAUUUCCGCUACGGCUCCAAGGAUGAAACCCGUGUCAGCUCUAUCGCCGUUGGCAUCCAACAGGCCGGUGCCUUUGUCGGCUGCUUUGCCAUCUGGCCACUCACAAAUCGAUUAGGCCGUCGAAUUGCCAUGAUGAUUUGUGCCUUCAUCUUCUGCAUUGGCGUCGUCAUCCAGGUCAUCAAUACCCAUUCCACCUCAUCGUUCUACGUCGGUCGCGUUGUGGCUGGUGUCGGUCUCGGGGGUUCGACUACCAUCAUCCCUAUUUACAUCUCUGAAAUGAGCCCCAAGGAGAUUCGUGGGAGACUGGGGAGCUGUUACCAGUUGGCCUAUACCAUCGGUAUUCUAAUCUCCUACUGGAUCGACUACGGCGCCAAGUACAUGUCCGUCUAUCCGGGACAAUGGCAGCUUCCGAUCAGCCUGCAACUGGUCCCGGCCUUCAUCAUGGGUGCUGGUAUGCUUACCCUGAAAGAAAGCGUGCGAUGGUUACUACUUCGGCACGAUGAAGACAAAGCCUGGGAAAGCCUCGUAUGGGCCCGUGCCAGCGAUUCAGAAGAAGUUGCACAGGAGUUGGCAGAGAUGAAACAAGGCGUCGAAGACGAACGAUGUGCCAGAGCCGGCUUGCGGCCGCAGGAACUGCUCGAAUGGCCCAACAUGCAUCGGCUCCUCCUUGGCUUCGGCAUCUUUCUCGCACAACAAUCGACCGGCUCCACGGCCUUGGCAUACUUCGGCCCGCAAUUCUUUGCCCUCCUCGUCGGAAAGGGAAACGACAACCUCCUUCUAACCGGUAUCUUCGGCGCGAUCAAGGUCAUUGCAUGUUUCAUCUUCGUAACGCUUAUCUCGGAACGAUUCGGCCGUCGCCCCCUCCUCCUCGGCGGUGCGCUCUUCAUGUCCGCAUGCAUGAUCACCACGGCGGCAGUGGUAAAAGACUGUCCCCCACCGGGUGACAAGACCGUGACGUCCGCCGGUAUCGCUACUGUCGCACUGAUAUACCUCGACAUCAUCGCCUAUAACCUCUCCUGGGGCCCGCUGCCCUGGCCCUGUGCGUCGGAGAUCUUUCCCACGCGGACCCGUGAAAUGGGCGUCGCAGUCGCUGUAGGUGCGCAGUGGCUGUUUAAUUUCGUCUGGUCCUUCAGUACUCCGUACAUGAUGUCGGGAAUUGGGUGGGGUACUUUUCUCCUCUUCGAAUUGUUGGAUGUGGUUAAUGCGGUGUUUGUCUGGAUCUGCGUUAAGGAGACGGCUGGAAAGACGUUGGAGGAGAUUAAUACUUUCUUCGAGCCGGUUUCUGUGUCCGUGUUUCCCGUGUCGUCGUGUGAUGCUGGUCGGGGGGAUGAGUGGAAACUUCCGCAGGGAGAUGUUAGGGAGCGUGAUGGGUUUAUUUAUACGGGGGAAGCUGGCAAUGUUGGUAAAUGAUGCGUCUUAUCAGUCCAUUCAGCUCUCUCCGUUGAGGAUUAACUGCACACUGAAGAAGAGUGACUAAGCUAUAAAAAAGAGAAAACAACAUCAAAACGCAGAACCAUUGACAGUUGGCGUUGGAUUCUCCACAAAGAGAUUCUUUCCCAGCCAAGUUGUAGUUGUCAAGAAACUUAUACUUCCAAGAUGGCCC